GCGCUGGCGAACGUGGGUUUACCAUUGUGUAUUCCAGAAGCGACGCAAUGAGGUACCGUAGUCCUAGCACUAGCAUUUCACGGAGUCGUCCUGGAAGCACAUCACACCACAGCCCAGGCCACAGCGGUACCCUCUGCAGUACAGCACCACGCGACGCACCGUUGCGACUGGCGUCGCUCGGGCUCAUAUCUGAAUCACGAACCAUGGGAAGCCCCUUCAUAAUACCCGCCCUUACUAGCGGUACCCAUAGCGACAUACCAACGCACAAUAUUGAAGACCUCGUCCGCCCACUUGAAGCCUUUGAUCCAACAGUCAUCUACAGCAGCGGUCCCUUCCAAGUAAUAGUCCUGUUAUGCACUCACUUGGCGGCCUUCUGUCUCACCUGCCAUAAUCUCUCUAUCAGUCUGCUCACUCCUACAGUCAACUACUGGUGUAAGAAACCCGACGCGUACGCCAACUUAACCUACGAGGAAUGGAAGAACAUCAGCGCCUCCGUUGACGAAGCCGGCACCUUCACCCAGUGCAUGCGAUACGAUCCACCACUCAGUGUCUUCUCCCUUAAUCGUAGCCUGGUGGAAUGCACAGCAUGGGAUUAUGACUUGGAGGCGUACGGUCAGACCAUCGUCAGCGAAUGGGACUUGGUGUGUGGGAGAAGUCAUCUUAUUUCGGUCUCUACUUUCUGUUACAUGAGCGGUGCGAUGGUGGCAGCACCGGUUGCAGGUCUUCUGGCUGAUAACCUCGGUCGUCGGCCGGUUAUCUGCUCGGCUGCAGUGCUGCUACUGGUGUUCGGCUACGCCUCGUGUUGGGUUGGAUCCCUGGUGCUGUUCAUUAUAUGUAGGGCAUUUGUUGCAGCAGGUGUGAGCGCCGUUCAAGUGGUCAGCUUCAUUGAGCUGUUCGAAGUCUGCUGCAUUCGCCAGCGGGACCUGUACUGCAUACUCGCCAAUACUGGGUGGAUUGUCGCUAACCUUUAUCUUAAGAUCCUUACCCUCUUCAAGCUGAGCCGAUUCUCAGUACAAAUGCUAAUCAUGCUACCGUCAUCUCUCUUGCUGUGGACCUUUUAUCUGAUGACGGAAUCACCGCGUUGGCUGAUAGCUAGCGGUGAUCUUACUCUCGCUGAAGAAGCCGUCGAAUGGGCAGCACGCAUCAACAAAGUACCCAUGGCUGUAACUCGAGAACGGUGGGCAAAAGCGAGGGAACUCUUGGAAAUCCAUCAACUUCGGGCAAUCCAUGUGCAGAAGGACAACAUCCGUGACAUCCUCAAUAGUCAACCCCUACGAUCGCGUCUCAUCAUAUUAUGUUGCUGCUGGUUUUGCACUACGUUUUGCUACUACAGCUUCUGGCUUCAUGUAUUUGUGCACCUUAGCGACCUCGUGCAGUUCACGGCUAUAUUUCUUCUAAUGCUUACUUUCCUAUUGUCCGGUAUUGCAGUGAGCCUGUACGGUCGCCGCAGGACGCUCUCGGGUGCCCUUAUGCUUUUCUCAUUUGCUACCUCCCUACUGGCAUCGGCUGUUUCAGAGGAAGAGCUGUCUCACACGGAGCUAUCGAGCACAGCGACGGGACUUCUUGUGACCGCAAAGUGUUUCUUAGCUUCCGCCCUUACGGUGAUGUAUGUCUACACCGUUGAACUGAAUCCAACGGUAGUCCGUGCUCUAGGUACGUGCAUAGCGUACUUUGCCGGUAGAAUUGGGAGUGCUUUAUCGCCGUUUUUGAAUGAGCUUAGGAUAUGGCGCUCCAACAUGCCGUUCGCUGUACUCACGGCACUUUCUCUGUUAUGCGCGCUUUGUGUUCUAAGACUGCCCGAAACCACAGAGAUCAGCGUCCCAGAUACUAUCGGCGGCAUGGAGCAAGAUAUCUUGCAUAAGAAGCUGCUUGGUCCACGGUCACGCAGGAAGAAGAGAGGACUCUUACUAAAUGACUGACAUCGGGAUUUCUGUCCGGUGCCUUACCUGACUAAAAUUUACUCCCGAUGAUUCCUGCAGCUCGAAAGUGGAACUUGCAAUAAAUACUUGAAACUGUA